AUGACCAUCCCUUUCCUGAUCCCCGUGCUGGAUCUAGAUUAUUGCCUAGAGCAACUCCUUCAGCAUAAACCGCCAAAAAUCUUGCCAGAAGAGACUGUGCUGCAGCUAUGUCACCAACUCAAGAGCCAGCUUUUAGGCGUACCCAAUAUCAUGUCUUUAUCUUCCCCUUGCACUUUGGUCGGCGACAUACACGGUCAGUUUCACGAUCUACUAGAAAUUUUUAAGGUGGGCGGAUCGCCUCCUGACACCAACUAUUUAUUUUUGGGCGAUUAUGUUGAUCGAGGAUACUACUCGGUUGAGACAAUCUCGCUUCUAAUAGCGUUGAAGCUAAGAUAUCCUGAAAGAGUCUUUCUUAUUCGAGGCAACCACGAGUCCCGAACCAUCACAACGAAUUAUGGGUUUUACACAGAAGUCUUGAACAAAUACAAUGGUUCCCUCAAAGUGUGGCAGUAUAUCACGGAUUUGUUUGACUACCUUCCCUUAGGUGCAACCAUAGACGGGAAGAUUUUUGCAACUCACGGAGGACUCUCGCCUUCGUGUCAGCUUCUCGACCAGAUUCGAGCCAUAGACAGGUUCAAAGAAGUACCCCACGAUGGUAUCAUGGCUGAUUUGGUCUGGUCGGACCCCGAUCCUGAAAUUUUGGAUUUCAAAUUGUCUCCUAGAGGCGCUGGUUACUUAUUUGGAUAUGACGUGAUGAGAAAGUUUAAUCAUGACAACGACCUUUCCCAAUUGGUUCGGGCUCAUCAACUCUGUAAUGAAGGUUUUGUCAGCUACUGGCACGGCAUGUGCCUCACGAUCUGGUCUGCGCCCAACUACUGCUACAGAUGCGGAAACCGUGCCAGUGUCUUGGAAAUCUCGCAUUCCAAUUAUACAUCCAAGGCAAGUCAUCCUCAAGACAUCUUGCCCGGCCAGUACUGUAAUGUUUUCGAAGCGUCUCCUGAAAAUGACGAGGACACCAUUGAGGGACGUGGUGUGAACGGUGUGAGCUCUGACAGCUUCAACUCAAGCAAGGAUAUAUUCAGCGCAUACUUCAAUGGCCGCGGACGUACUCUGGUAGAGUACUUCCUCUGA